AUGACAAAUAAUAAAAACGAAAAUGAAAGUAAUAAUCAAUUGGAAUCAAGACAUACAAAAAAAAAACAAAAAACUAAUCACAAUGAAACAAAAGAAACAAUUGAUGUUAUAAUUGAAAAAACAACAACAACAAUUCACAACUUAGAAAACCUCAAUAUAGAAGAAUUGAAUAAAUUUAAACAAAUUGAAUUAUUAGAAAUUGUAAAAUCAUUUUCAAAGAAAACUAAUAAUAGAAAAAAGAAAUCAGAAUUAAUUGAAAUUUUAAAAGAAGAGAUUGAGAAUCGUAAACUAUUAAUACAAGAAAAUGAAAAUAAAAUUAAAAAUAAUAACCCAUUUAAUAAAAACUUUAAAGAAUUAUUAAUAAAAGAUGUUGAUAAUAAUGAAUUAUUAUUUUGGAAAAUUUUUAGAAAUAAAGUUUUAUUUAAAAAUAUAAUAUCAAAAUUUGAAUUUAAACAUUUUUCACAAAAUUAUGAUUCAAUGAUAUCAAUUCAUAAUUUACUAGCAAAUGAUAAAAUUUCAAUUGUAAAAGAUAAAGUAAACAAUAAUAGUAAAUACCUUGUAUUUACUCCAUCAUCAUAUGGUACAAAUGGUACAUCAACUACAAUAACAACAACAAAUCUUUAUCAAACUUUUAGUAUUAUAUUUUCAAAAUUUCAAACUGAUGAUCUUGAUACUUAUAAUUUCUUUAAAAAUUUAUUUAAAAAUUAUGGUAAUAAAUUCAUUGAAGAAUUAAAAUAUAUUAAAUUUAUAAAUGGUGAUGGUGAUGGUAAUGGUAAUGAUGAUAGUGAUGAUGAUAGUGAUGAUGAUAGUGAUGAUGAUAGUGAUGGUAAUGGUAAUGAUGAUAGUAAUGAUGAUAGUGAUGAUGAUAGUGAUGAUGAUAGUGAUGGUAAUGGUAAUGGUGAUGGUAAUGGUAAUGAUGAUAGUGAUGAUGAUAGUGAUGAUGAUGGUGAUGGUAAUGGUAAUGGUGAUGGUAAUGGUAAUGAUGAUAGUGAUGAUGAUAGUGAUGACGAUGAUAGAUAUUUUUGUUCAACUGAUUUUAUUAGGACUAUGAUAAUUUAUAAUUGUGUGCCAGCAGUGAAGGUAUUAAUGAAUGAAUUUAAUUUUAUUCCAACUGUUGAUAAUUUCUUUAAAAAAGUUGUUGGAUAUGGUUCAUUAGAAAUUUUAAAAUUUUUAUUAAUUAAUGAUGAAAAUCAAGAAAGAAGAAAUAAAUUAAUUUCUCAAUUGAAAUCAAAAAAAAGUCAUUUACAAAUUUGGAGAGAAAUUUCAUCAUCAACUUUAUUUCAAGGUUUUUAUGGUCCAUUGAAUAUGAAUUAUAAAAUAGAGAAAUUUAAAACAAUUUUAUUUUUACUUGAAAAUAAUUAUUUAAAAAUUCCUCAAAAAAAUGAAGAUUUAAAUGAUAUUAAAGUAUCAUUAUAUUCAACUUCACCAAUUACAAAUUAUUUAUUAUUAAAAGAUUUAAUAUUAAGUUGUAAAUUAUUAAAUCAAUUAUUAAAUAAUAAUACAAAUAAUAAUAGUUAUUAUGAUGAAAUUAUUAAAAAAUUUACAAAUAAACAAUUAGAAUCAAUGUUAAAAGAUUUAAUUAAUUGGGAACUAAAUGAAAAUGAAAAUAAACAGAUUAUAAAAGAUUUAUUAAAUUAUUGGUAUAGGGAAAGUGGUACUUCAAAAAUUGAUUAUGAAUUUUAUUUAUGUUUUGAUAAACUAGAGAAUGAUAAAGAAAUAAGGUCAGUUCAUAAAACAAACUUUAUAUUAGCAUUACAAUAUGGAAAUUUUGAAAUUCUAAUGAAAUCAGUCCCAAAUCAAUUUGGUUUAAAGGAAUUUGAAAGAACUGUAAUAACAUAUGAUAUCGAUAUUCAACAUAAACCAAAUUAUCUAUUUACUCAUUGUCAUAAUAAAGAGAAACAAAAGGAGUUUAUUUCAUCUUGGAUUCAAUAUAUUAGUAUUGAUAAUAAUAAUAAUAAUAAUAAUAAUAAUAAUAAUAAUAAUAAUAAUGAUAGUAGUGGUGGUGGUUUUUGUUUAAAUUAUUAUUAUUAUUAUAUUUUACUUAUUUUAAUUCAAAAUGACGAUAUUGAAUUAUUAAAAUUUUCAAUUAAUAAGUUACCACUUGAUAAAUUAAUUAUAAAUUUUGAAAAACAUAAUAAUAUUAUAAUUUCAGAUUAUAUAAAAUCAGUUGAAAUGUUAGAAUUCCUUUAUAAAGAAUAUGGUUCAAAUAAUAUUUUAAAACCUUGUUUACAAAUAUUUCUUUUACAUCUUUCAAAUUUAGAAUUAUUAAAAUGUUUUGAAAAAUUGGAAAAUUUAUCAUCAAAAAGGAGAAUUGUUUUAUUAGAAGAUAAUGUUAAAAAAUGUGUUUUCAAUUUACCAAUGGUUUCUCAUAUUAUUAAAAAUGUUGAAAAUAUUUAUGAAAUUAAAGAAUUUGCAUUUAAAGGAAUAUUUAAUGAUAUUGAUAAUAAUCAUGAAAAUCAAAUAGAUGAAUUAAUUAAUUUAUUACAAUAUAUAGUUAAAUUUACAGAUAUUAAAAUUAAUACAUUUUUAAAUUAUUACUAUACAAACUUUAUAUUAUUCACUAAAAUACCAAAUUUUAAAAUUUUAAAAUUUAUUGAUUGGUUAAUUUCAAUUAACUAUUCAAUUAUUAAUGAUGGGUUUUUUUGUGAAAAUAAAUUAAAAAUAUUAAAAUAUUUAGUUGGUAGAAUUCAAGAAAUUGAUGAAUUCUUUCCAGACAAGUGGAUAAAUUCAGGUGGUGGUAAUAUUUACCCUUUAGCUAAAUUUAUAGUUUUAAAAUGUGAUUUAGAUGCAUUGGAUUUAAUAAUGAAAGAAAUUAAUAAUUCAAAUAAAGCUAUCAAAAAUGAUGAUAUAUCAAAUUUCAUUUUCAUUCUGUUAGGAUUUGCAUGUGAAAUUGGUCAAUUAAAAAUUUUAGAACAUAUUAAAUUACACCAUUGUCAACUAUUUAAUAAGAAAUCAAAAAGUGGUGGUUGGUUCUCUCAAAUUCAAUUAAACUCUUUAAUAAAUAAAUCAAUUAUUUCAAAUCAUAUCAAUUGCACUGAAUUUCUAUUACAAUAUUCAACUAUAUCUCAAUCACAAUUUAAAAAAAUUACUGCUAAAUCUGGUAUUUCUUAUACUUAUUUUAAAAAUAAAAUAAAAUAA